CAGAAUUACAGGGAAAAGCUGGAGGCUCGGGCUAGACUUGUUGAUCUCCGUUCCCAGGCAGCAGAAGGAAGUACCGGAGCUUUCCUUCGUGUCGGCACGGAGAGAGGCUGGGGGGGCGGGGGCAGAUGCGGCUUCGGCGUUGGUUGUAGGCAGGAGUGAGGAGCCGCAGCCGAGGGAAGGCCUUGGAAAGCUUCCUGCCAAGGGAUCCGAUUUACCUCGUUUCCCUUCCCCUCCCCCCGGGCUCCGCGGACAGUCGGGAGCGCGGCCGCCAUCCCUCCGCCUUGAGGCUGCCCGCGGGGGGAUGCGAGCGGGGCCGCCCCUGCUGCCCGCCCCGCUGCAGGAUGUAGCUGCUCUCGGCCCCGCAGAGCCCCGCACCGCCUCGCCGGGAGCGCGCAGGAGGAGCUCCGGGGCAUGGAGGGGAAGGAGAGGUGAGGAGAGCUGCCCCACGCCGCACCUUGGAGCCACCAGCCUGAGGGGGACCAGCGAUGCCUCUGGGGAUGAAUAAGCAUGGAUCUCGCUCUACUACCUCUUUGCCUCCAGACCCCACGGAGAUCGUCAGGAGCAAGGCCUGCUCCCGAAGGGUCAAGCUCAAUGUGGGGGGGCUGGCCCAUGAAGUUCUCUGGCGGACCUUGGACAGGUUGCCGCGGACCAGGCUGGGUAAGCUCAGAGACUGCAACACGCACGACUCCCUCAUGGAGAUCUGUGAUGACUACAACCUGGAGGAGAACGAGUACUUCUUUGACAGGCAUCCCGGGGCAUUCACCUCAAUCUUGAACUUCUACCGUACUGGCAAGCUGCACAUGAUGGAGGAGAUGUGCGCCUUGUCCUUCAGCCAGGAGCUGGACUACUGGGGGGUGGAUGAGAUCUACCUGGAGUCCUGCUGCCAGGCCCGCUACCACCAGAAGAAGGAGCAGAUGAACGAGGAGCUGAAGAGAGAAGCUGAGACACUGAGGGAAAGGGAAGGGGAGGAAUUUGAUAACACUUGCUGUGCUGACAAAAGGAAAAAGCUCUGGGACCUCCUGGAGAAGCCGAACUCCUCUGUAGCGGCCAAGAUUUUGGCAAUCAUUUCCAUCAUGUUUAUUGUACUAUCUACAAUUGCCUUGUCCCUUAACACACUUCCUGAGCUACAAGGCGUGGAUGAAUUUGGGCAGACCACAGAUAAUCCCCAACUUGCCCACGUAGAAGCAGUGUGCAUUGCAUGGUUUACAAUGGAAUACCUCUUGCGGUUCCUAUCCUCGCCUAAGAAAUGGAAGUUUUUCAAAGGCCCGCUGAAUGCUAUUGAUUUGCUAGCUAUUUUACCAUACUACGUCACUAUCUUCCUCACAGAAUCCAAUAAAAGUGUACUUCAGUUCCAAAAUGUACGACGAGUGGUCCAGAUAUUUCGGAUUAUGAGGAUACUGCGGAUUUUAAAGCUUGCCCGUCACUCAACGGGUUUACAGUCCUUGGGGUUUACACUGAGGAGGAGUUACAAUGAGCUUGGAUUACUCAUCUUGUUUUUGGCCAUGGGCAUUAUGAUCUUUUCCAGUUUAGUGUUUUUCGCAGAAAAGGAUGAGGAUGAUACAAAAUUCAAGAGCAUCCCAGCUUCUUUCUGGUGGGCAACAAUUACCAUGACAACAGUAGGCUACGGAGACAUCUACCCCAAAACACUUUUAGGUAAAAUAGUAGGAGGACUGUGCUGCAUUGCUGGUGUGCUGGUGAUUGCUCUUCCCAUCCCGAUUAUUGUCAAUAACUUCUCUGAGUUCUACAAGGAGCAGAAGCGGCAGGAGAAAGCCAUUAAGCGCAGGGAAGCUCUUGAAAGAGCAAAAAGGAACGGCAGCAUUGUUUCCAUGAACAUGAAGGAUGCAUUUGCCCGUAGUAUAGAACUCAUGGACAUUGUGGUUGAAAAGAACGGAGAAAGCAUAGCCAAAAAGGAUAAAGUUCAGGACAAUCAUUUAUCUCCCAGCAAAUGGAAAUGGACCAAAAGAACACUCUCUGAAACUAGCUCUAGUAAAUCUUUUGAAACGAAGGAACAAGGAUCUCCAGAAAAAACCAGGUCGUCUUCAAGUCCCCAGCACCUGAAUGUCCAACAGCUGGAGGACAUGUACAACAAAAUGGCAAAGACUCAGUCCCAGCCAAAUCUUAAUACUAAAGAGUUGAGUCAACCUGGAAAGCAAAAGGAAGAGUUAGAAAUGGAAACCCUUCCUGGCCCUAUGGUGCCCUUGCUGACAACUCGCACUGAUGGGAUCAUCGACAUGAGGAGCAUGUCCAGCAUCGACAGCUUCAUAAGUUGCGCGGCAGAGUUCCCUGACUCCGGGAGGUUUUCCCACAGCCCGCUCGCUACCCUUCCCUGCAAAGGUGGCAUCAACGUGAUUCAGGAGCAGAGCCGGCCAGAGGGGAGCGGUGGCAGAUUUGUGGAAAUGAAACCGAGCUCUGAAGGCAGCCACCGUUCUGCUUUUUUCAUAGAAAGUCCCAAAAGCUCUAUAAAGGCCAGUAACCCUUUAAAACUAAGAUCUCUGAAAGUCAACUUCAUGGAAGAAGACACCAGCACAUUAGUACCAGCAUCAAAUGUACUGAGAAUAUAUCCAGACCCUCUCAAGAGCAGGGGAGCUGCUGCUGCUGCAGCCACAGAUACUUCCUUACUCUCUGACAGAUCCCUCAUGAGCCCAGAAGCCUCGAUCUACACAACUGCAAGUGCGAGAACGCCCCCAAAGUCACCAGAGACACAGACAGCCAUAGCUUUCAACUUCCACGAUGCCGGUAUACACAAAUAUAUAGAUGCUGACACUGAUGAUGAAGGUCAGCUGCUUUACGAUUCAAGUCCUCCCGGAAAUGUGAGUCCCAAGUACAAUGUUACAAACAGUGGCUAUCUAAAGCAAAAGGAUAAUGUUUAUAGAACAGAGAAGAACCAUCUAGAAGCUGCUGCUUUACCCACCUCCCCUAAGCUGAUAGGGCAAAACUGCAUUUACUCUAUGGAAGGUAUCGCUGGAAGAAUCCAGGGCAAUCAGGAGACUGUCAGACUAGAAAAUCACAUUUCCCCAGAAGUCCAUGUAUUACCAGGCAGCGGAGGACAUGCUAACACACAUGAUCAAAGCAUCUGAGAUGGGUUGCAAAAGAACUUACGGAAAGUUUAAAGGAAUGUAUUUACAGUCAACACACAAAAAAAAAGAGCUUCUGCAUGGCAUGAACUUGGCUGAAACAAGCCACCUGUUUCUAAAAGUCUGGGGGAGGUCCAGUGUGGGUUUGUGAAAAUGUCCUUCUCUGAAACAACUCUAAAGACGUUGCCCACAUCAGUCAAAAAACAAGGAUUGCGAAUCAUGAUCACACAUUGAUCUCCUUUCAUGUUGUCCAGUGAAGCCAAUGUGACCAAAUAUCCAUCCAUUCCCCUUGAACGCUAGAGCUCCUUUUGGAAAUGUUAAUAUUGAUUCGCAUUAGUUCCAUAAAGGAUGCCAAGGCAGCCAGAUUUGAACUCUGGAAUAAAUUGCUGGGGUUGGCAUAAAGCUAUCAAAACCACAGUACUCACUGCUUCAGGGCAGCUGUUCCCCAUCUACAGCUUUCUCUGAUGGAUAUUGUGUCUAAAGGUAACAGGGAACACUUGCAUUAUUGGAAAAUCCGAGCAAAAACCAUUUAAAGCAAAUAGCGGUCUAGAGAAACCAAUUAUUAAAAUGCUCUGUGUAUGUUUAACAAUACGAUAUCCUGUAGGACCUGACAUUUUCUUUUGAAAUAUCAGCAGGGUGAGUUGCACCACUUGUAUCUAAUUCCAAACAUCCCCUAGCACAUAGUGAAACUUGCACUUACCCUCUGCUAAAAACCGACACGUGCCCCGGGGCCAGCGCGUGGCCCUCGGGGGCCCACAGCCCACGCUGGGAAGGUGUGGAGGAGCCAUGCAGAAGCAGGAGUCUCCGGGAGCAUCGCAGCCAGACCCCCUUCCCGGUGCCGGGGCGUUCGGGCUGGAAGGAGCGCCCAGCUCCUGCCCGGCCCCGCCGCGGAGGGAGAUGCUCGCUGCCCUGCCCCGCGGGGACGGCCGAGCGCGCCGGGGCCUCCCGUCCCGCCCGCGCGCCCGCUCCAGGCGUCAGCCAAAGCCUUGCCCUUGGCGUAGGAGAGGAACCGGUCGGUCUGAAGCUUUUUGUGCCCAAGCGGCGCAGUGAAAGAUAUGCAAGCGAUACAUAAAUAUGCAAAAAGAGGGAUUCGUUAGCGACCCGCCCCAGGCCUGGCUGUGCUCUCUCUCGCGAGGAGGUCGGGCAGGAGAGGCUCCUGCGAAGCUGCCGCGCGAAGCGGCUGCGAGAGACAGGAGAAUCAGGCCUGACGUUUUAAUAACAUCCAGUCAUUUUUAGACGAAACAAGUUAAAAAAAGAAAAAAUAAAAAAAAAGAUCUGACCAUUUUAAAUGAACAGAACUAGCAGCCACCAGCCUAGGUUUUUAAAAUAUUAUUGUUUCAAUAAAGUUACGUCAAAUUGUGUAGGAAAUAAUUUGUCUUUGGUUUUUAAUCUCGGGGGGGGAAAAGCACUUUACGUUGACUUUUUGUUGUUGCUGUUGCAAUGCUGGAGUAGGAUAGCAGAGUGUAACAAUCAAGCACUUUAACCAAGCACUAUUUUAAUUUGUGCCUCCUGUCGUGACCGUGAUUUGUUACAAGCCUGUAGCAAAUCACAACCUGUCCUGUGAUAACUGUGAUGGUAAUCUUUUAUGUUGUUCUCUGUUUCUACUGUAAAACUCAGUUGUAAAUAACUCUGUCAAUAAGCAUUUCAUGACCUAUUUCUGAGUACCUGCCAGGGCAUGUGACGAUCUGCAUGCAGCAGGUCCGGGGAUGUGCUGAGACACGGGACGUGGGAGCAGAGGCGCGCAGGCGGGAGGAGGACCCCAGGCCGCUCGAGUCCGCUGCGUUUUGUUCCUUCCUAUUGUAAAAAAAAAAAAAAGCCGUUGGUUAGUCCUGAAUGUCAAUGUCUGUCCGUGCAAGCUGUGCAGUACUUCUGUCUGUAAUCCGUAAUAGUGAAUGCAGUACGUACGGACAAAAGCAAUAAGCACAUAUAUGUUUUAGGAACUAUUAUGGGUUACAGUGAUAGCUUUGUUAGGUCUCUCCUUGGCACAAAACUGUACGCGUGUUGGCGUUAACCCUGCUCUGCUCAGCCGGCCCCGGCCCCGGGCGGCGGGAGGCAGCCUGAGGUACCCGCUCAGAGGUCGCCCCUGCGUCCCAGCAAGGCGAGACCCUGGGGGAGGCGUGAGUAAGACCUGAGCCACCACCUCAGAACUAGCCCGCCGGCAGCGAACGCGACCUCGAGCCGUGCAAGGGCUGACGUGGGGGUGUGCAAGAUUCACAGCCCCUGCGAGUGCAGCGGCGACUCUCCAGAGCACUCACGCAGGGCCGGUCCCUGAGGUCCCUUAGCUUUUACUCUGCCUUCGCUCAGCCGAAACCACCGUUCCUCUGAGUGGGCGCUUUGCCUGGUGAAGGACUUUAGGAUUUGGCCAUAGUAAAUACAAGUGUACUUAGAGGAACCGAUGUAUUGCUGAGAUACUAGUUAAGAUUGAGCCGUCACAAACAAGUAAAGUGACUUUCCAGCAGAUAAGCUUUAAAUACUGAUUUAUUCUGUGGCCUUCCAAGGCCAUAGAGCAGCAAUGAGAAAUUUUAAAGAGAACAGUCUUAACAUAAUCUCUAUGUUUCAGUGAUCAUUCAUGUCUGCCAUCAGCACAAAUGUAAAAAGAAGAAAAAUCAGGGAAAAGUUUUUUGAUAAAGUAAGUAAUAGCUAUUUCCAAGUUAAAUAUUUUUAGAGCUGAUGCUUUCACGUGGAAAAAAAGUCAUAUUUUACAUAUCACGAAAGUGAGCAUAUUUAAAUAUAGCCAUAUAGUGUAGUAUUUACCACACUCUCAUCCAAAUUGAUGUAUUUGGUUUAUAGAUGGCACUGACAAAAAUGUAUAGAUCAACAAUUCUAUCAUUUUUUAACUGAUAAUCAACUGGUGCAACUCUCCUUGUAACCAAAGGCCCUCUGUCUGCCUUGUGUGAUCACUCAUGACACACACCUUAUAUCAUCUAUUUAGUCCUACCUUUAAAGUAGCAUUUUAUUGAGUCACUUUUGAAAGCCAAAUUCAAAAGUAUCAUUAAAAAUCUACCUUUUAAGUCUGAAUAGCCAAAGUCCUAUAGAUUUCUUAUAGAAAGCAAAUAAUUUAAAAUUAAGCAUAUAAUAUGCUUGAAGAGCAUUUCUUUCUUAUUUGUGUAUGAAGAUGUAGCUCUCAUUUUGUGCCCAGUUAAAAAGGAAGUAUGUUUAAUUUAUUUUAAUGAAAUAAAGUCUGAAUAUGAAGUAUGUAUCUAUAUAUGUGUGUGUGUGCAUAAUACACAUAUAUAUAAUGUAAGCACUGGGAAAUCUACUCUAACAAAGCUAUGGUAGACUAAAUCUGUACUCAUUACAAAAGGAAAGGCAGUGCUUUGAAAACAUAACGCUCACCAAAUUCUAUAGACACUAGAAAGACAAUUUCAUUUUAGAGUUUGUUUGAUACACGUUUCCCAAAGCUCAUAACAGUCGGGGAAAAUAUGCAAUAUCUCCUGCAUUGAGCUAAAGCAUGCAGUUUAGUCUCCGGUAUUUGGCAUUCAGGUCUGCGAAGUUACUGUGCAUCAUGUAUCAAGCAAGCUGACAGAGUUUCACCACCUGCUGCGGAAGACAUCAUAUCUGAAAGGACUGUGUACGUGUGAUGUUUGUGCUUGCUUGCAUCUUACGCCAUCAGCAUCGUUUUUAAUACAUAUAUAUAAAUAUAUACAUAAUAUAUAUAUGCAGAAGGAAUGGGUGCAGUUUUCUUAACCAGGAGGCAAAGAUCCUUUGAGUUUUAGCCUUGGACAAAGGAAUACAGCAGUCACAUUGCAGUAGAUUUCUCAGUGCCUUUUCUUAGAAACUUCACCUAAGCACACUUACAGAAAAGAAAAAAAAAAAAAAGAAACAAAACAGUCUCCUGUGAAAUCCACAUUUUUCUGAAAGGUUCGAGAGUCAAUAAUGGCAGAAGAAGGAAAAAAAGAAAAGAGGAAAAGAAAACCUGCAGAACGCACAUUCCCUUCCUGAACAUGCCGUGUGUCAAACGCCAGGGAAUAUCUGUCAGUGCGAGUCACGCAGAAACACAUCCGCGGUGGUUGGUUUCUUUGGCAACUAUGGCUGUGAUAAACUGUAGCCUUUUCUUCCCUUGCAGCUAAUAAGAUACACCUUUCUAAGGAAACAGUAUUCUCUUCUGUAAAAUUGUAAUGUAUUGUUAAUAUUUGUACCUACUGUAUAUUUAUGUCUUGGCAGAAUUAUGACUGGUACAGUUUAUAGUAAAUAACAAGGGUAUUUAAAACUCAUCGCAAAGACAAGGUUUCUAAAGCCAAGUUCUCUCUCUGUCGGUAAGCGCCGCAUACCAUGAUCUCCAAUAGUUUUUAACGCCUCAUUUUAAAGCGAAUAAUAGAAUUACUGAAUAAAGCAGCCGAGCGAUGGAGACCCUGCGGCACGACGCCCUCCUGUGCUGCUCAGUCGGGGGCGAGACGGGCUUUCCUGGCACCUCCAGAUCAGCUCCAACUCCGUCAUGUUUGGUCAGUUGCCUCUGCUUACGGUAACCAGACUGAACAAGUGUUACGUUAGGUUGCUUUAGGAUCACCCACCUGGGGAGAAUAUGGCUUUAAAUAGGUCUUGAAUAAAGUACAGACGUUCUAGUUACCUCUGUACCUUCUGUUUGCCAUUGUGUUGGCUUUAUAAGUAUCUGAUGUAUGGAAAAGUCACGUGACUUUCAUGCAUUCCAGAGUAGUCUAUUUUUCUGUUCAGAUUUUAAAAAAAAAAAAGUUAUAUAUAUGAAAAUAUAAAUAUAUAUCUGUAUUUUUAGCAAAUUUAUAAUAGGGCAAUCAAGUCAGAUUUCUUCUUUUUGUAUUACAGAAUAAUAUAUUAGAUGCUUUCUUGGUGUUCAUUUACAUAGCUGAUCCCCUAACUUUUUUGUUGGGUUUUUUUUUUUUUCUCUUUCGUCCUGAAAAAAAAAACCACCUGCAACAGCCCUCCUGGAAGUGCGUCUGCGAAAGGUCACUGAGUUUGUCUGAUGUUGUCAUGUUUUUGUAUUUUUCCUGUUUGUGGUACUUAAAAAUAACGAGGGGCUGGCUACGGAAACUAAGAUGUUCCUCCUGAGAAACACAGAGGCGGGCCUGACGCCGUCCUUGGUUAUGGCAGCGUGACUGUCGGCAAAUGCCGCGGCUUCAGUGUUAGCCAUAGCCUGGACUUCAGUAGGGUCUGUCCAGAUUUACACUGGUUAAGCUAAGAGUAUAAAGAAGGGGCAGGAUUUUAAUCUGACAGUUCUAAUAAUUAUGAUGGAAUUGGGAUAAGCAUCAAAAUUCAGGCUCUUAUUUUAAGGUAGUGACCUGGCGAUGCUCAGGCACAGCUCCCACCUUUGGGGAAGUUUUUCCUGGGCUAAAACAGAAGGGUCAAGGCUUUCAUUUCUCACUGGGCUUUGGAAUUCCUACUUUCAGUCCCAGCCAAAAAUCACGAAAUGCGAAAAAAAUAUGGAGGGGUAAAAAAACCUGAAUGUACACGUUCAGAAAGGGACCAGAUUUGGAUUUGGUUAUGGUAAAGUCCGUCCAUGUACCUGCUUACUUAGUGCUCUUCCUUGCUCCUUUAUAGCUGUACUUUCACAUAAAUUGAAUAAAAGUCCAUGAGAUAAAUGUGCAUCCUGAAGCUAUCUCAUGAUCUGUUGAAGUUUAGCAUGACAAAUUGCUUCAGACGAGCCCCAUAGCUCCGCAUACACGUUUCCUUUUGAACCCGCCCAGUGGUCUGGCCAGUGACCAUUUUUUUUCCAAAGCUGGAGUUUUGGUCCCAUUUCCUUUUGUCUGCUUGUGUGAUUUUCUUAUAUCCCCACCACACUAGCCAGUAAACCUGAAACAGAAUUACUCUGGGAAAACACCUGUUUCAGAAUGUCCAGACACCACCCGAAUGGACAGAGUAACUAGCAGAAACAGUAUUGCACGUGCUUAUGUAUCAGCAAGAUCCAUUCACACAUGAGGCUGUUAAAACUGGUUGGGAUUUUUCUUCUUUUAAAAGCAAUUAAUGCAAUAGUGCGCCAUAUCUAUCAUCAAUGACCACAUAAAUCCUUUCAAAAGGCACCUUCCAUAUCGGUAAGUUUGUGCGUAGUCCACAAAACCAUAGAAAGCUUCUAGUCAGAGCACUCUUAAAAGCUCCCCUGCAGGUAGCCCUCCCGCACCACCACAGGAACGACCCAAAUACCAACCAGCCCUUCAAAGAAGACAUGUUUAUUUUCCAGCAUGUGUUUUGCACCCCACGCUGAUCAGAUUUAGGCUCUUGCACUGAAACUUUGUCUUGGUCAGACAAAGGAAAACUGAAUGUCUGCAUUUAGGUGUGUAUCCCCUUUGUUGCUGGUGUUACCUAAGCCACAAAUAAGUGUCCUUUGACACCAAUGGUAGGGUGCCACAAGUGUUCAUAUCUGUAAAUACUAUUCAGAAUUUUGCUUUGCUUGAUUCUGGCUUCAUCGCACAAGAAGUCUUCAGUCUAGAGGCUUAGAAGAGAAAGCUUCAUUUUUCUUUUUAACUAGAAAUAAUACUAUUGAUAGUCUGUAGGACUGAACAAGGAUUAACGUUGAUGUUUUCAAAAGGGGUCUUUUCAAGACUGUAGCGACUCUACCUUCAAAAAAUAGUCAUAAUUAGGCUGGGUUCAGUACAAAGACUCACCCAAACUAGAGCCUUGUGGAAGCCAGGGAGCCAAAUCUGCAUGAAAUGCCAAAGCCUGUGCUGCUGUAAGUAAAAGCCUGUUGAGGGCAAUGGACCUGUGCCCCAUUUAGCCCAGUGAGGAAUUUGGCCCCAUAGUGCUAAAAACUAAAGGAAAACUAAAGGCCCUGCAAGACCUCAGGGAUGGAGGUGUCUGUCCACAGCACCCGUGAGGAAACCAGUGGGGUGAGGGGAUGGGAAACAGCCGGGUCAGUGACAGCCUGGGAAAGGAGGAAUCCUUCAGGCAAGAAGAUGAUAAUCACCUCAUCCCCGCCUUGACUGAGCAUCCCUCCGUGUCAGCUCACUCUUUGUGGGCUUGAUGCUGCAAGCAGCACCCCGUACUCGCAGACGAUGGUCCCUGAAGCAGGACCACAACCUCAGCCACACGGUUCAACACACUCAGUCCUCACUGCAGGGACUUACUGAUGCAGGGAGGACGCUACCGGCAGAUGGGCCAUCAGUUACCUUGGAUCAUGUCACAGCCUCUGGUCCUAUUGAUAAUCUACAUUUAAGAUCAUUUUAGGACUCAACAGUUCUUCUCUACUCUCCAUAUUUCAUUUAGGAGCUCUGCCUAUUAUGCCUCUUCUUCCUUUUAAGUUUCACUGCCCCUAAAUACCAUUAGCCACAUGUUGGCUCAGACAACCACUGGGAUUUACUUUGUUUAUAUCGGUGCUGUUCGUUUGUUGCAAAGGUGGAAAACAUUUUUCCCCCCCAUUCCUUCUGGGUUUUUUUGGUGGUGGGUGCAGAAAAUUGCUUUUGCAUUGAAACGUUCCUCACUGGUGCGUUUGGGGAUGGGAGGGUGGGAAGAUGCAGCAUCUCCUUGUCACUUUGAACUUUGAAGCCAUGAUAUUGCAAUCAGAAAGGCCAGCCGCAGCAACCAACCAAACUCCCUUUCUAACUAGAUUAGCAUUAAAAACAUACACCCCGACUUACUGCCACAGAAUCCUGGUUUUUCAUCAGAGCAGCGAAGCAGUUCCUGAAUGGGGAGAAAACUCUUCAUGAGGGACUGCUGCAAGUGCUGUUUAGUAAUGCCUCCACGCCCAGGGAAGGAUGCGGGGUGGUCUGUCACGGUGCUGCACAUAGUGGCUGCUCAGCGUUUCACAGGGCCGGGGAAGAGCCUCAGGUCUUCCUUCUCCAAAAGCACAGGACGGCCGCUGUACCUGCAUAGCGGCCCAUGAGCCCCAGGCAAGGGCUUCCCGGUGAACCCUCCGAAGGGCAGAGGCGAGCAUCCCUAGUCAUUAAAGGAUAAGAACUCUAUGGGGCUCCCUUUAAAAGAAAAAUGCGACAUUUAGCAACAAAUAAAUACUGGAAAAACGUACGUUUCCUGUGGCUCUUCUAGUACAUGAGGAUCAAAUUGCUUUUGCAUCUGAAAACUGAAACUGACUGUGCCCCCACUUGUGAAAGAGUGGAACAUACGACAGGUUUCUCCAUUGCCUUGCACUCCAGUUAUUUUUUAACCGGUGCAAUGGAGACCCCAGUCCACUGUGUCUGUAGUGGGGGGCAAUACGUCCUGCCCCUGCCCUACAGCCCAGCAGCUCCUGCACAAUCCCUUCAUUGGGUUAGAUUGGAUCAACCCAAGGGGCAAUGCGUCAGCAGAUGUUUUCUCCCCAUUUAAGCAAUGAUUCAAUACCCUGGCAUUUUGGGGUGAUUAGAGCAACAUUAGCCAUAUACUAGUGUACUUAGAGUAUUUUUUUUUUAACUUUGCUUUAGUCAUUCUUUGUUGAAGUUUAUUGACCUCUCCAAUUGUUUCUGUAAACAAAUUAUUAAAAAAAAAAUCAGUGUCUUUAUAUGCAUGUAGUAGUAUGAAACUGUGAUCAAUGUGUGACAUUCAGAAACUGUACUGUCUUGUAAAAUAUGUCCAAAUGUCUAAGGAUUUUAAAGCAAUGGUCCCUUACUACAGACUACAGAAAUAAAUAAAAAGGUA